AUGACUGAAUUGUGUCCUGUCUAUGCCCCUUUCUUUGGUGCCAUUGGUUGUGCCUCUGCAAUUAUCUUCACCUCAUUAGGUGCUGCUUAUGGUACUGCUAAAUCUGGUGUCGGUAUCUGUGCCACCUGUGUGUUGAGACCAGAUCUGUUAUUCAAGAACAUUGUUCCUGUUAUUAUGGCUGGUAUCAUUGCCAUUUACGGUCUGGUUGUUUCCGUUUUGGUUUGUUAUUCAUUGGGUCAAAAGCAAGCUUUGUACACUGGUUUCAUCCAAUUGGGUGCCGGUCUAUCAGUCGGUUUAAGUGGUCUGGCUGCUGGUUUUGCCAUUGGUAUCGUCGGUGAUGCAGGUGUUAGAGGUUCUUCUCAACAACCAAGAUUAUUCGUUGGUAUGAUUUUGAUUUUGAUUUUUGCUGAAGUUUUAGGUCUAUACGGUUUGAUUGUUGCUUUGUUGUUGAACUCCAGAGCUACUCAAGAUGUUGUCUGUUAA